AUGCCAAGAAACAAAAUGUCCUCUGGACGAACGAUUCUAUCCGCUGUGGCGUCCGAUAGAGUGAUAACGUCGUUCACACCGGCAUAUAAUGCAGCAGCCACACCAUAUCAGAAGUGCAACUUUCAUCCAAAGGUCAAGGCAGCAUGUGCUGAAAACAGAACUGGCCGUGUGGGAUUGAAGAUAACAAAAGGAGUGCUUGUUGGAGAUACGGCUGUAGGGAAAACCAGCUUAGUCAACAGAUUUUGCAAUGAUGUAUUUGAUAGAGACUACAAAGCCACAAUUGGUGUUGACUUUGAAGUUGAAAAGUUCAGUGUCCUUUCAGUGCCAAUCACUUUACAAAUCUGGGACACGGCGGGUCAGGAAAGGUUCAAGUGCAUAGCGGCAUCAUAUUACAGAGGAGCACAAAUUGUUAUAGUUGUCUUUGACUUGACGGAUGAGGAGUCCUUGCAUCACACAGUCAAGUGGAUGGAAGAAGCAUGUCAAAGUGCAGACAGUCCUGUAAAGUUUCUAGUCGGCACCAAAAAGGAUUUACUUUCCCCAGCAGCCUACGCUGACAUUGAGCAGAGAGCUGUUAAAUAUUCUCAAAGAAUGGAAGCAGAAUUCUGGGCCACAUCUUCCAAAACAGGUGAAAAUAUUCAAGAUUUCUUCUUUCGGGCGGUGUGUUUGUCUUUUGAUGCGUCCUUGCUGAGAGAGCUGAAUACAGAUAGCUCUGCAUCUAAACAGAUUGGCAGUGACUUGAUAAAUAUCCAGCGAUCAGAAUCUGAUUUGUAUGAGAAACGGAAAAAACAAGUUCAGUGUUGUUCCUAG